AUGUUGUAUUUGUGUAAGUUCCCCGUCUCUCGCCCAUACCGACACCCACAAGAUUUGUCUGUCCGGUGUCUCACUUGGCCCAGCUCGCUUUCACAGGCAUACGCGCACACACACCGCCAUCCAACUCGCUGA